AUGAAGGGUUACACCCGUGCUGUACUUUCGCUCGUUGUUGGAGCCAAUAGGCUCUACUUCGGUUCCAUGGACAAGACAGUCUGGGACCUCCAAGCUUUACAGUGUGUCCAGAUACUUAAUGGUCAUGCUGAUGUUGUGAUGUCUGUCCUUUGCUGGGAUAGCUUUUUGUUAUCUGGUACCUUGGACAAUACAAUUAAGGUUUGGGCUGCAACUGAAAGUGGGAACUUGAGCAUCUUCUUGAUGUUGUUUCUUGCACGUUCAAUGAUUCAAUCACAUUUCUAUGCACUUCCAGGCUUUCAUUUGAUUGUGACCAGUCUUAGCGGCACUAUAUUGAGUUAUUUCGCAACUUGUGUUCCUAUGUUGCUUUUUGUGGAUUAG